AUGGCGACCAAGAGGAAGUCCGAAGCCGAGCCGGAGUUUGCAGCAGAAGAUGAAGAUACCGGGGAAGAUGAAGAAGAGCUGGAGGAGCUCGAAGAAGAUGAAGAGGACGCAGAAGAGGGGAGGAAGGAUAGAAGCGAUGGGAAUGGUGGAAACGGCGACGACGAGGAUGGGGAGGAAGAGGGCGACGAAGAAUCCAGGAGGCAAUCCGUCCGGAAACUUCUGGAGCCCUUCGGCAAAGAUCAGCUUAUCGACUUCCUGAAGGAGGCCGCCGCGAGGAAUCCAUCCGUGAUCCGGAAUAUCUCGGAAGCGGCCGAGUCUGAUCCCGUCCAUCGCAAGAUCUUUGUUCACGGCCUCGGGUGGGACGCCACCACGGAAAUUCUGGCCGACACAUUCCGUCUGUACGGGGAGAUUGAAAAGUGCAAUGUGGUGAUGGAUAAAGCCACCGGGAAGUCCAAGGGCUUCGGGUUCGUCCUUUUCUGCACUCGUGCGGGCGCGCAGAACGCCCUGAAGCAGCCCCAGAAGAAGAUUGGCAAUCGCACGACCUCCUGCCAGCUAGCCUGCUUCGGCCCUGCUACUGACUCCGCCAAUCGGAAGAUUUAUGUCACCAACGUGGCGCCAGAUGUAAACCCAGAGCGUCUGCGGUCUUUCUUUGAGAAGUUUGGUGAGAUCGAGGAAGCACAGCUAGGGCAUGACCAGACCAGGGGGAAGUCGAAGGGCCAUGCAUUCUUCACUUAUAGAACUCCAGAGGGAUGCAGGAAGGCAUUGGAGGAGCCCAUGAAGGUCUUCGAAGGAUGUCAGUUGCACUGCAAGAAAGCGUUCGAGCAUUGGAAGGCAAAGACCCCGUCACCCAUGGGAGGUUUUGGGGCCAGUGCCGUGUUACAACCCAACGAUCUUGCUUUGAUGUAUGCUCCAUCAUCAUUGAUGGGGUUGGUAGGUCAGAAGAUAAAUCCAGCAGCGGCGCUAGUGGGUCACAGUCCAGGUCUUGGAGUUCUUCAUUCUGUGGCUGCAGCAGGAUUGUCACCCUCUGGAAGUCUCAUCGGGACCGCCCCCCCUUCAUCUUAUGGGGCGGCAUAUGGGUCUGGUGGUGGAGGAAUUGGGGUUAAUAGUCUUGGUUCUAGUGUGAUUGGAAAUUAUUCGCCAGCAGCUUUGCAAGGUCUCGGAUCUUAUCAGAGUCCUCACUUGACGUUGACCUCAGAUUUGAGAUAUAUGGGAACUGGCUUGCCACCAUACCUUGGGCGCUAG